GAGACAAAAAGGGCACAGAUAAAACGUGACUUAUCCCUCGAUGUUGCCCUUGAAGAGGGAGAUCAUCUGAAUGAGCUGUCGCUUAGGCCUGAAUAUGACAGGACAUUCUCAGUAAUGUCCAGGAAACCGCUGUACGCACCCAUGAUGGAAACGAUCAAACCAUACCGUGACAAACUCAUUCAAGCUAAAAGGCAACUCGACCAGGCCUGGAAAGGUGAAACUGCUUCAGUGCCUGUUGUCACUAGUUCCCAACCUGACGACGUCCAUGAAUUGCGAGAGAACUUAAGUCGAUUGGUGAAGUGGAUUCGAGGGGACGCCGAAGAUCAACUGAACAAAUUCUCCAAAGGUGCUGAUUCUCUCCGAUCAGCCAAUCAAAAUAAAGCAAAGUUUGACGGCGAGUUUUAUCCUCUGACCAAGGAAGUUAUAAUCCAAGGAAGAGAGUUAGCUGAACGGGCCAACGAAAUGAGCACUAGAAAUCUGCGUGACAAAAGACCGCUUCAAACUGCUUCUAAAGUCCUUUUGUCUGACCUGACAAGCUUAAGCAACAAAGUGGAACACACCAAGAUGUUGUUAGAAGAUGCCGUGAACUUUUACAACCUGCUGAAGAAGGCGGAGACGUGGUACGGGAAAGCGGCCGAGUUCUGGCCUUCAAAAGCGACUUCAGGCACAACUUCAAGCAGCUCCAUGUUAUCUCCAGAUUCUAAUCGCGACUUACAGCAAUACGAAGACAGACUAUCAAGAUUUCUCGUCAAGUUCCCUCCACCCUCCCCUAAGGAACUUCUCUUCUUAGAAGCAUUCCUUGAUAAAGUCCCGGAUACGCAGCAGAGGAACCAGGCCAAAUUACUGACGCAUCGUUGCAGGGAACUUGAGAAGAUUAUACGAGCCCGCGAAACAAAUGUAGAAGAGUUUGGAAGAAGAAGACAAGGAACUGAGAACAAGAGGUCAGCGUAUGGCAAUGGAGGAGCUUCAAGGAGGUCUCCCAGGCAAGUUGAAAGUGAACAUCAGUACAGUAGAAUCAAGGAUACUCCUGCUAGAAUAAUCAAUCAGGAUGCAGCAUGCUACAUGAAGGCACGUGACCGCUCGGCAUCACAAGAAAAUCUUAUUCUUCCGACACCCCCUACGAGUAGAUCAGCCACGGUGCUAAACGGUACCGCGAGGGACUCGGAACGAAAGCAGUUCAGUGGUGCGGAGCGCAGGCCUAAGUCUGAAACACUAGAUUCGUACGAGCCGUUCUCUAAAAGCUCGUCAGCGAAACGAUUUACGGAAGAGGACUUGUUCAGCCAGACUUGUCCUCCCGGGGAGACUGGCAGAUACUUCAGGCAGAUCAGCAAUAGGGAGCCAAGAGACAACCGGGACUGGCGGACAGGACCCAAGCAUCCUUACGUGAGGCAGGCAGGACCGAGUGAGGAUGUGCUAUCGACCUCAUCGGCAGACACUCGAGUGGUGGCGAAAAAAGUUGCACCCAAAAAACCUGAGCGAAAGAAGCUCAAGAGAGCACAGGAAAUGUCAAGUAACAUGAAUAACUUGAUACAGGAACAGAUAAAACUGGAAAGAGAACUCAAACAACUUCAGGAGAUUAGAGAAUGCUUUGUUCCACCGCUUGAUCUGCGGGAGCUAAACACAAAUCACGUGAAUGGCACGGCACCGAACGGUGAGCAAUACCCAACUCUUAAUGGUCAGAGUAAACGUUUUACCAAUUCAAAAGACAACAAGAUGUCUCCUAGGGGUCAUCUGAUUUCCGGUCCUGCGCACUCGGGCGCUAGACCGGAACUGACAUCAGAUGACUCAGUGGACCGUGAAGUGGAGGGGUUACUCAGUGAGGUAAUGUUGCUGAGGGAUAGCGAGGACGACACUUCGCCGAUAAAACAAGAUCAUCUCUCCCCAGAAACUACAAAUAUCCCUCAAAGAAACGUUCCUCAAGGUUCUUCACCAGGGUUGCUUUUGAACGGUUAUCCCAGCGUAGUUCAUCAGACUAAUGGUUCGAAUGGUUACAUACAGCAAAGUUAUUCUACAACUCCUGGAAUGAAGCCACAACUUGUGUCUAUGCAUGGACAUCAGGUAGCCGUCCCUAUUGUAUCGCAAACGGAUAAAAUACAGCAGUUCCGCUUGUUAAAGAAGCAGGAAAUACACUGGAUGAAUCAGAUACGUAGCCGGCGUCACAUUCUCGAACAAAAACUCGACUAUAUCGUUAGACAAGAUGUAGAAGAGCAGUAUUUUUACGCGCAAGAGGAGCUCAGUAGAGUCGAAAAAGCUAUCGCGGACUUGUUCCAAUCUUUAUCUCCCCAGGAGGUUCAGUGGUUAAUGAGGAACGGUAUGGCACCACCCAAUCCAGAUUAUAAUCGUUCUCCUUACAGUGCGCGCGCUUUGCAGACCACUAAUCAUGUGACUCCCUCGAUUUCUUACAAUCAGUUCGACCAGCAGUUUCUCCCUCGACAGCAGCAACAACUGGUGCCUAAUCCUGUAGCCCCAGCUUCCUUUGUAACCGGUGUGAAUGUACCGCAGAGGUUUGCGUUCCAACAAACAAAUUCUCAGCCCCAGCUUACUGCGAACUUCUCUCCUUCGUAUGUGCACGGCGCUGGAAAUGUUUUUCCUGGAUUUCAGACGGCAGGUGCCAACAGGGGUAAUGUUUCUCGUCAAUUUCAAGACAAUGCAAAUGCGUCAUCACCGUCAUUUGCGAAACCUCCCAGUACUGAUAAAGAAACGCAAACAUUUAAUGGAUUGCAUGUUCAAAAUGGAGUCUCUCCCGCUCAUAGAUUGGACUCUGACUUAGGGACACUGCAAAGCGCUCAUUCAGAGAGAGACGUAAGGGACCUGGACACGGGAACCCCCAAUAUGGUCAACAGUUCCAGAGCCAGACGACCUCCGGAGCCUGGUGAUAGUGGGCUCAGAAACGAGGCUGAUCAUUUUCGAGUCGACUCAGCGGACAGUGUAACCUUGGAACGACAAGGUGCAGAGCUUGUCAGUCACGCGGUUCCUAGGCAACAGGAGAAUGUAAGAAGGGGCCAACUUGCGCGCGAAGGGACAAAUGACGAACAAAUUCAUUCUACAGCACAGAACAGACCAAAGCCUACCUCUGUUAAACAGGCGAGUUUUGACGAUCACGAAGUCGUGAGACUAAAAGAGAAACUGGAACACGAACAAAGAGAAUUACAGGCCAGCUUAGAGAGAGAGCGGAAUAAAUUUAUAGAGGAGCAGCGGCGGUUAAAGGAAGAAGAAGACAGACAGAAUGAAUGGAUCAGGCAGCAAAAGGUCGAGCAGGAAAACCAAGAACGCAUGCGCGAAAGUUUGGCCAACAAGGCAAGAGAAGAGCAGGCGAGUGAACAGGAACGAUCAGUGGACGAGGAGCCUGUUGAAACUAAGAGAGAACUGGAGGAAAUCCGCGAGAAACGACUCUCAUACUUUCGAUCUCAAACAAACUCUGUAGCACUUGAUGAGUUCAGCGAAGCUGAAGAAACAAGCACAGAAGCACAGAAUGACGAACUGCUGGAUUUUAAUGAUAAUAUCGAGACACCUGAAGACGAAUUUAGACCAACCCAGCAAGCAGAGUUUGUAUCCAAUGAACGGACGAGUGACCUGGAACGAGAGAGCCCCAAACCUGACCGAUUAAGCCUGGAUCGGAAUUCGUCUCCAACGGAAAGUCAACUUGAGGACAUAGACAUUGAACAGUGUGAUUUUGUAAGCGAAGAAAGCAAAGUAUCGCCUGAAGAUGAGCUUAUAGAGUUAUUGAAGUCUGGAGCUAUUGACAUGUCAUCGCCUGAAUAUUCAAGAGACAGCUUUGAUAUGGCUGAAGAAGAUCCACAGGAAUCUUUAGUAACAGAUGUACAAACCAUUCCAGAGGAAGAGAAGAAAGACAGCUCUGUGGAAUUAGAUGCUUUUGCUGGUAAUAAAGCUGAAACGAAGUCUGAUGGUGAGUCUGACAGCUCUGACGAUGUUAUCGAGAGGUUUGAGGCAAGUCUAACCCCCGAGGAAAGGCCAAAUUACAUAGAUAACGUUGAUAGUGAUUUGGAAGCAGACGGAAGCCUUAAAGGGGACGAGCAAGAAAGUAUAACAAGUGACGAAGAUGAAGCACCCGAACGUGACGUAACCGAACUUGAGGCACCCGAACGUGGGGCAACCGAAGGUGAGGCAAUCGAAGGUAAGGCACCCGAAUGUGAGGUACCCGAAGGUGAGUCACCCGAACAUGAGGCACCCGGAGAUGAGACACCCGAAGGUGAGGCACGCGAACGCGAGACAUCCGAACGCGAGACACCCGAACGUGAGGAACCCGAACAUGAUGAGCUAGAAGACACUGCGCUUUCUGAAACCAGCGCGAAUAUCGAAAAACUUGUCGCGAGGCUGGGAGAGAUUGAGAACGAGUUAAGCGAGAGCGAAGAGGAAGCAUCGGGAACCAGAGAGGCGACGAGAAAAAGUUCUGAUGAAGAGUUUGAGGAAAUUGAAAGAUUGUUGUAUGAAGAAAAGGCGCUAAUUGAAGCCGAGGAGAAGAGUAAGCAGUCAGCUCACGAGCCUACAGAUGAUUCAUCUGAUGAAGAGUUUGAACGGCUUGAGAAAGAGCUGUACGAGCAAAAAGCUCGUGACGAGGCUGCCGAGAACAUUAAUGAAGUGUCCCACGAAGAAUUUGCGAAGACGGCUUCAGACGAGGAAUUUGAACAACUAGAAAAGAUGGCAUAUGAUGAAAAAGCCGCAAAUCAAGUUCAACCAGACGAAAUUAUUAAGAAAGGUAAUGAACUAGGAUCUCUAAGCAGCGACAUCGAGAGUCAAGCAGUGGAUUCCAAGUUAGUCUCCUCGCCGCCAAAUUUGCCCGUGUCGUCGAGGAAGACUGAGGAAGAUGACGACUUACUUGAUAUUAUCGGCGCAAGCGACUCUGAGCUCUCAGACAGCUCAGAAGAUUUAGAAGAGGUACAGAAACUCAUUGUGGCUCAGACCUCAUCCGAUGACCGAGAGACACUGGGUUCUGACGAAGAGGAGAAAAAUCCUGUGAUGUGGAGUGUGUCAGUUCGCACCAGUGCUCCCGCGCCACCUGUAGCUGCUGCUGUGGCGAGUGAACAUAACGUAGCCUUUGAACGUAGCGGGGGAGUAGUUGCUGUAAUCGAUAAUGGCUCGGGUUUCUGUAAAGCUGGUUUCUCCAACGAAAAACAGCCACGAGUAGUUUUUCCCGCAGUGGUCGGUAAACCGCGUCAUCAGGAGGCCAUGAUGCACGAGUACAGGGAUCAAUAUAUCGGCGAUGAUGCACAGAGCAUGCGUGGUGUGUUAACUCUCAAGUACCCGUUGGAGCAUGGGAUUGUACUCAACUGGGAUGAUAUGGAGUCGAUUUGGACUUACACAUACGACCAGCUCCGUGUUGAGUCCCAGGACUUCCCUGCCUUGUUGACAGAGGCACCCUUGAACCCAAAGUACAACAGAGAGCGCAUGUUACAGAUCAUGUUCGAGACAUUUGAGGUGCCUUGCCUGUACAUAGCUGUACAAGCUGUGAUGGCUUUGUAUUCUACUGGACGAACCACAGGCACCGUUUUCGACUGCGGUGAUGGAGUAAGCCACACUGUUCCAGUGUACGAGGGAUACUGGCUCCCUCACGCAACCCAGAGAAUGAACCUGGCAGGAAGGGACCUCACCAAGUACAUGAUGAGGAUCCUUAUGGAGAGGGGCUACUCAUUUACGACCUCGGCCGAGACAGAGAUCAUACGGGACAUCAAGGAGAAGCUCUCUUACGUAGCGCUUGAUUUUGAUCGCGAACUGCGGGAGUCUGAGACUAGUGAUAAGUGCGAGGAGUUGUAUAUGCUCCCUGACGGUCAAUCCAUACGCGUGGCAAAUGAACGAUUCCGCUGCCCAGAGGUCUUAUUCAAUCCCAGCAUGCUUGGCAUGGACAUUGUUGGAAUACACGAAUCCAUCUACAACUGCAUCAGGAAGUGUGACGUGGAUAUCAGAAAGGACUUGCUUGAAAAUAUCUUGUUAUCAGGUGGAAGCACAUUGUUACCUGGACUGGGUGAACGCCUUCACAAAGAGAUAGCGACGCUCGUCAAUCCACGUGACCCCGGCCGGGUCAGGGUCAUAAGCCCGGAUGACCGGAAGCACGCCGUGUGGAGCGGAAGUGCUGUGCUCGCUGGACUGUCGACUUUCCCUCAGAUGUGUAUUUCUAUGCAGGAAUAUGACGAAAUGGGACCAGAAAUUGUCCACAGAAAAUGCUUUUAACAUUAUUGUAAAUUUUACCAAAGAUAAACUUAAGAUUCAGUUAAUGUUUAUGACCGAAAUAUUGAGGUCAUAUUUAUAAAUCCAUAGUUAGAGUAGAGUUUUUCAAGUGUAUAUUUUAUUCAAGAACUGAACCAUUUUAUUCAAGGAAACUGAGUUUCUAAAGUAGAAAAUAUAUUAGGCAAUAAGCAUUUAUUUAUAACAAGGAGGGCAGGGCAGAGUUCUGCUUGGCGAAGAAAAAGAACUCAACCCCGAUAACUUUGGAGACUUUCCAAAUAUUUCCUACAUUCUCGAAAAGAUUGCCGGAAAUCACUUGAUUUCUUAAUCACACCGGCUUUACCCUUGGGGUAAGAAGAAAAUGAAUACAUGUUUCCGUGUAAAUUUUACUGAGGGAAUGGCUGGAUGAAGCGAGUUAUCACACAGUCAUAUCCAUGUUUUUAAGUCUUACGUGAAAUAUCUCAUUCAAUACAAAUCAUAUCCAUUCACUUACCAAAGAUACUGAGAACCACAUAAUAAUCGAAUUUUAA